CGUAAAAUAUUGACAUAACACAAAACAGUCGCUCAAGAAAACUAUUAAUUUUGCUAAAAAAAAACUAAUAGUUUAUUAAAAAUUAAAUGAUUUAAUACUUCAUUAAAUAUUUCUGCCAAGUUGAGUUAUAUAUAAUUUCAAGAGAACCGCCGGAAACGCUCUUAAAAAGUGGCCCAAAAAGCAUACUUGUUUAAUUUUAUUUUGUAUAUACAUACAUCAUAGUUGCUGCACAAACAAAGGAAAACCCGCAAGCGAGUGCGAAGCGAAAAAAAAAAAACAAAAAAUUGCUUGAAUCAUCGCCGCCCUAAUUUCAAGGACAUUCCAUUGAACUCCCAGAAGAAGCUAUAUUGUUUCUUUGAGAGCAACUAAAAUGACAGCAAUCUUCUAAAUCUUAAUAACCCCCAUUUCGGGAUACCAUUUAAUUGUUGCACGAACGUUUAGCUCGAUUUGCACUCUGCAAAUAAUAUCUAAACCAAAUCGUUUAUAUCUACAUACCUAACUACCUACCUGCCCACAUUGAGUUUAGAGUGGGGCCAAAGGUGUAAGCUCAGCAUCUUUGUGGAACUAUCAAACAAGUAAUGCAUAGCAAUGGAUGAAAAGCGAAUCGCUGAUUAUUUCGUUGUGGCUGGUAUGCCAGAAAAUCCACAAUUACUUCAGGAGAGUAUAUUUAAUGAUUCGGGUCAUUUGAGAGCAUGCAACAGCAUCGAUCCCAUAACGGAUAUUGGAGUGUUUUUUCCUUUACUUGGCGAAAAAGUUCCAGAUGGUUAUGAAAUACUUGAAAAAACACCUACCGGAUUGCCCGCCAAUCUUAACUAUGGUUCUGUACGAACAACGGAAUGUUUCAUAUAUUUCCGCCGUGGAAAAGACCAACCUCCAUUAGUUGACAUUGGUGUUCUCUUUGAGGGCCAUGAAAGAAUUAUGCCUGAUGCUGAAAUUGUAACUGAAACACCAGAAGGGAGGGUGGCGAAUGUUAAUAACUCAUCAGCUAAAACAUUUUUAACAUUCCGUCGGGCAAAAAAGGACAUGCCGUGCAAUGAGCUUGUUGUGACUGAUUUGUGUCUUAUUGUCUGGUCAAAAGGAGAACGACCACCACAUGCUUUUUGCUUGAUACAUAAAACCCUCAACAAAGCAUACAUGAGCAGUGACGUAUAUCUUUGUUAUAAAAAAUCAAUGAACCGUCCAAAGUUAGUCAGUUAUCAACCAGAAAUCCUAUUGCGUUAUCCAACGGUCGAUCAUAACGAUUUCCCACUUAACUUAUGUCCGAGUGUGCCUCUAUUUUGUUUACCCAUGGGAGCUUCUCUUGAAGCUUGGCCGCAUGUAGAUGAAUCGACAAAGCGUGAUGCUAUCAAUCCGGUAUUUAGUACGUUUGUUUUAACAGUUAAUGACGGAACUUAUAAAGUUUACGGAUCGGCUUUGACCUUUUACGAAGACUUCGAUGAAAAGAAUCUUACAGAAAAGCAAAAAGAACAGUUGGGAUAUGAUGAUGAAGGCUUCAAAAAUCAUCAUUCUCUUCACAUCAUCAAAGCAAUUUGCUUGCUUUCACAUCAUCCUUUUGGUGAUACAUUUGAUAAGUGGUUAAAAUACUUGCAUGGCAUGGCAAAAGCUGGAGAACCAUUACCCAUACCAAUCGAAAGGUAUAUUACUCAAUUAAUCGACGAAGUUCCUUUUCCAUCUCCGAGUAUUCACUUACAGCUAUCGGGUGAAAGCCAUGAGCGUAUUUUACUUACCCAGCCAGAAGAUUCACCUUUACCAAGAAGUGGAGCUGGUUUUCAGUUGCUAUUGUCCAAUUUGGGAACAGAAAAUUGUCUACAUGUUUUACUGCUGGCCUUAACGGAACAGAAAAUAUUAAUUCACUCAUUAAGACCCGCCACAUUGACGGCUGUUGCCGAGGCUGUUGUAUCAUUGCUGUUUCCAUUUAAAUGGCAAUGUCCAUACAUUCCAUUGUGCCCAUUGGGCUUAGCAGAGGUCCUCCAUGCCCCACUCCCCUACUUAAUUGGUGUGGAUUCACGAUUUUUCGAUCUGUACGAACCUCCAACGGAUGUAACAUGCAUCGAUUUGGACACUAAUACGAUAAGUCUUUGUGAAUCGCAGAAGCAUUUAACACCAAAACUUCUACCAAAGCGAGCGGCUCGAAUCUUAAAACAGACUCUUAAUUAUUUAGAGAAUUUUAAACUUAAUUAUGCACCAGAAUCGACCAAUAGUCUGGAUAGAGACUUUAAACGAAAAAGACGUGAACAAAAUCUCGAACAACGAAUUCAAGAGGCCUUUUUGCUCUUUAUGACAUCCAUUCUACGUGGAUACAGGGAUUAUUUAGUACCAAUUUCAAAAGCGCCCUCGGUUGGAGCGACUGAUCCAAAUGCUUUAUUCCAACUUAAUGCAUUUCUGCGUUCUAGAGAUAAGUCUCAUCACAAGUUUUUUCAGUUACUUAUGAAAACCCAAAUGUUCAUUCGAUUUAUCGAAGAGAGGUCAUUUGUAUCAGACGGCGAUCAUGGUCUAACAUUUUUUGAUGAAUGUGCGGAAAAAGUGAGUUCCUAUGAUGAAACUCCGUCCGAUGUGAGAUUAGUUGAUUGGGAGACUGGUCAUAAUAGUGAGAGAACAAAAUAUAUUUUCCCACCAGAUGGCAUUGCAACAACGGGAAAUGAGAAUACAACAGGUUACGUGUAUGAAAAUUUCACUUUGGAUCCAAAUUUGUUGAGGAAUGUAAAAAAAACUCCUGCAAAGAACUUCCUUCAACAACAACAUCUGAGCACAGCACCUGGUUCGCCUAUUGCGCGUCGCACAAAGCAUGAAAUUAAACUGGCCCAAAAGUUGGCACGCCGUUGCCAAAUGCAACCGGAAGCAUGGGCGAAGUACAUGCUGGCUACGUGCUAUUCGUUGUACUUUUUAAUAUUGCCAAGCAUGAUGCUGGAUGCGCAUGGUAAGGAACACGCUGUGUUGCGUGCUGCUUACGAUUUGCUGGUACGCGCCAGCAAACUUAAAAUAAGUUGCGAUGAGUUUUGCUACAGGAUUAUGAUGCAAUUGUGCGGCAUUCAUAAUUUUCCGGUUUUGGCUGUUCGGCUGCAUUACCUGAUGAAACGAUCCGGCGUUCAGCCCAAUGCACUGACAUACGGUUUUUAUAAUCGUUGUGUUCUUGAAUCAGAAUGGCCGUCUGACAGCACGACUCUGAGUCAGCUGAGAUGGAAUCGCAUUAAGAAUGUGGUUUUAGGAGCAGCUCAUUUUCGACGUGCCGGUAAAAAACGAGCAACUUCAAAGCCCUUCGCUGGUUCAUGCGAAAACAAUUUAAGUACGCUUGAAACGGUUGAUGGUACCUCAAGAACCAGUUUAGAAUCUACCAACUCAUCACAAGUUGAACACCCAUUUGUUGCUGGCAACACAAUAGUUGACUUUGCAGCGUUUGAUAAGUUGCGCGGCAAAUUGGGAAGCAUUGUUAAGCAAUCGGGACCACAGGAAUCUUCUGAUGUCAUUAGCAGCGCCGGUUUGUUGAUAUCAGGCGAUGCUAAAAGCGACAGCCCACUACCGGCCUCCAAAAUGCCUCCGUCCAGUCCUAAUUGUGAUCUAACCAAACGAAAAUUGAUAAGAGCCGAAAGCUUUGGGGGAGAUACCAAGAUUCUAGACAAAUUACAUAGACAACAAUCCAUGUCGGGUAAGGAGGUGAGUUCAAUGCAACAACGCUUCAAUAUUAUGAAUAUGGAAGAUGAAGAAUCUACGGAGCGAUUGAAUGAAAUUGCUAGUUCACAAGAAGAAUUAGAUUAUGAGGGCAAUGACCAGAAUCAAGGUGUCAGCAGUCCUACAAAACUUUCACCAAGAACUCCAGUUACUCAAAACGAUCCAUUGGGAGCACUUAACGAGGACGCUGAAGAAGUUCUUAAAAUUUCGAAUAAUAAUAAUGCUUUGCAUGAGGAAAAUAAACCCAUUUUAAGCAACAACACCAUGUACACAGACCAGCCAAUACUUUUUAAAGGUCAACGCAGUGCGACAUUCGACGAAUCAACUCAUCUAAACAAAAGUAUGCAACGUUCGGAGACAAUGCCCGGAUCAAGUGUUACCACAAGUUUGGCCAACUUUGGAUCAUCUUUAAAAUUCAAUUUUGGACGCUAUUCACCUGCACGGUUGUCCUUUAAGAAAGACUUGAAAUUGCCCGCGAAUAUCAUAGAAAAUAUUUCAAACAUAAGUCCAAGUUUGACUGGCAAAAAGUCAAACGAAAUAAUACAGGGUAGUUUAAGCAGUAUCAAAUAUGCCGCUAACUCAGUGGCCCGAAAGUUCGAUGAGAUAAAAGAAGCUAUAUCUGCUAAUUCAACACCAGUUAAAACUGUUGGCGGUAUGAACGAUAGCAUGGCUGACGAUGAUCCGGAUGAUCCAUCUUCAAGAACCCGAAGGAUUUCAGGGGAUCUUGACCCAUGGGGUCGUCUUAGUGAAUCUAGAAAAUCUAGUUAUAACAAUUUGGUACCGCUUGGAGAAAAUACACCUUCGUAUAGUUCGAAUGUUUUUCCCAAUCUGCCCGACAAUCUAUACAGUGCUGUGGCUGAUGUUGUUGACAGCCCGGAAUGCGAUAUUUUAAUACAACUUACUUCAUGCUCGCAAUGCCACAAUUGUUCGGUUUUACUAUAUGAUGAAGAAAUUAUGUCUGGAUGGACAGCUGAGGAUUCAAACUUAAAUACAGCUUGCCAUGCAUGCAACAAACUGACUGUGCCAUUCCUCAGUGUUCAAUUAAUUGUUGGAGAUUCUCUCAAGGAUGUCAAGCAAUCAGAUAGUCUUAGUAUACCAUAUUUGAAUCCGCUAGUAUUGCGCAAAGAACUGGAAAAUAUUUUAACUGAAGAAGGUGAUUCUGCACUUUUGAAUUCCAACUUUGUUGAAGAGCAUCCAAUUAUUUAUUGGAAUUUAAUUUGGAUUAUGGAACGUAUUGAAAGUCAUACGCAUCUGCCUCAAUUGUGUCUGCCUAAGCAGGCUGAUGCAGAUAUUGAUCCACUGAGUAAAGUGAAAACUGUUAAAAUACAAUGCAUGUGGGACAAUUUACGUUUGCACGCUGAAGCGGGACCACCCAUGUAUAUUUUAUGGAAACAAAAUCAACCAGCGAGCCCUCUUCUGAAGGCCUUGCUAACGGAUCAAACUUAUCUGAACAAAAACGCAAUUCAACAAAUUAUCACCGCAAUAAGAUGCAAUGAUCUGCUUGCGCCGGUAAAACGUUUGGCUAAUGAACGACACAAGCUCAAAAACAGCGGUGUCGAUCGGACACACUCAAUAUACAGGGAUAUUCUGUUUUUAGCUCUUACAGCUAUAGGUCGCUCAAACGUCGAUCUGGCCACAUUCCAUCGCGAAUAUGCUGCGAUCUUUGAUAAGCUUACGGAAAAAGAGUGCAACAUGUACUACCGCAACCAAGAUCUGCCACCAUCGACUGCAACAAUUUACUGUAGGGCUUAUUUCAAACCAUUGCUACUUCCUUGACGCGAGAUCGCCUUUAGUCGAUCAGAGUUCAAUGACAUACGAAGAUAGCCUUGGUAAAACAAACAAUACAAAACAAACAAAAUCAUAUGAACUGAGCGACAUUUAUAUUAUGUGUGCACGAGUAAAACACAUUUUACUCCCCAUAUUUGUUGCACUUUAUUGUUACAUUAUAACAUUUUUUAUUUAAAUUUAUACGGUAAAUACAAACGUACUUAAUUUUGA